UUCUUCUGUAUAAUCAUGCAGACAAGAACCAAAAAAUUGUAUUUUUUAAAACCAGCACAUAAAAUAAAAGUUUAAACUUUUUUAGGGGCCCUAAUCUUUACUUUAAUUUUCCUAUUAUUAUUAGUUUUUUUGAAAAAAAGAGCUUUUAAUCAACUCUGCAAAACAAGAACUAGAAGAAAGAAGAAAGAGAGAAAACAAACAAGCAAGAAAGAAAGAAAAGAAGAACCGUGCAAAGAAAGAAAAGAAGAAAGUCUCGGAAUUUCCAGUUAGUCAAAAAAGCUUACCAGGAUUGAAUUAUAUAUAUUAUGAUAUAUAUAUAUAUAUAUAUAUAUAUAUAUAUGUAUCGUUUUCUUUUUCUGGGGAGCAUUAUUAACGUCCAUCAGUGUAGCAUGCUAUAAAUAGUUGAAGAGGGCCAAAAAAAACCAAAUAGUAGCUCAAACAAACCUGUCAAGAACCUUAGACUAACGUUGUAUUCGGACGUUUAAACACCAAAAAAAAAAAGAAAAAAGUCUAGCUUUUCUUCUUGUCCAAAAAAAAAAAAAAAAAAAAAAAUCCCACCAACCCAUUUCAUUUUGGGUUCCUCAAGGCUCUUUGAAUCUUCUCUUUUCCAUUUUCAUGAUCAACUUUGUGGUGUUGAAUCUCAUCGCAUUUUCUUGAUAUUUCUUAAGGCAGCUCUACGAAUCUGCAGGCAAACAAGUCCUUUUUUGUUGGGCCAAGGAAGAGACUUUUUUUUUUUUUUUUUUUUUUCUCUUUUUCAUCAAGUUGGCUUUUUACAUAUACUUUCACUUGGGGUUGUUGCUUUUGCUUCAUUGAGAUCGGUUAGAAAGAGAAUAGUGGUGGAAUUGAAGGGAAGGUUGGGGGUGUGAUGGAACAGAAACACAUUAUUUUGUCAGCUCUGAGUGUUGGGGUUGGGGUAGGUGUGGGUCUUGGAUUGAGUUCUGGGCAGAGAGUAAGCAAAUGGGUAAGCGGGGAUGAUCGAUCGCCGGAUGAGAUUUCUGAGGAGCUGAUUGAGCAGGAGUUGAUGAGGCAGGUGGUGGAUGGAAGAAAUAGCAAAGUUACAUUUGAAAAGUUUCCAUAUUACAUAAGUGAGAGAACUCGGGUAUUAUUAACAAACGCUGCAUAUGUUCAUUUAAAGCACUCUGAUUUUUCUAAGCACACUCGGAACCUUUCACCUGCGAGUAGAGCUAUUUUGCUCUCAGGACCAACCGAACUUUACCAUCAAAUGCUCGCCAAGGCUUUGGCACACUGCUUCAAAUCAAAGUUACUGUUGUUGGAUAUUCCUGACUUUUCUCUAAAGAUGCAGAGCAAAUACGGUUUUGCCAGAAAGGAAUCAUCUUUUAAGAGAUCCAUCUCAGAGGUGACAAUGGAGCGUAUGUCCAACUUGUUUGGUUCCUUUUCAAUGCUUUCUCCAAGUGGGGACAAUAGAGGAACAUUACAUCGGCAAAGCAGUUGCAUGGAUAUUAGGUCAAGAAGUUCUGAAAGCUUGAAUAGUCCUUCAACACUUCGUAGAAAUGCAUCUACAGCAUCUGAUAUGAGUAGCCUCUCUUCCAAAUGUGCUCCCACAAAUUCAGGUUCUCUUAAGCAUACAAGCAACUGGUGUUUCGAUGAGAAAAUUUUCCUACAGUCACUUUACAAGGUCUUGGUUUCAAAAUCAGAAACUGGAUCAAUUAUUUUAUAUGUCAGAGAUAUUGAGAAGCUUCUUCUCCAAUCACAAAGAUUAUACAAUUUGUUCCAUAAAAUGUUAAAGAAACUUACAGGGUCAGUGCUGGUACUUGGCUCCCGGAUGUUGGACCCCGAAGACGAUUGCAAAGAAGUUGAUGAGAGGCUGGCUUCUCUGUUCCCAUAUAAUAUUGAGAUCACGCCACCUGAAGAUGAGAAUCAUCUUGUCAGCUGGAAAGCUCAACUUGAAGAGGACAUGAAGUUAAUCCAGUUUCAAGAUAACAAAAAUCACAUUGCUGAGGUGCUUGCAGCAAAUGAUCUUGAAUGUGAUGACUUAGCUUCAGUCUGCCAGACAGACACAAUGAUUCUCAGCAACCACAUUGAAGAAAUUGUUUUAUCUGCGAUCUCAUAUCACUUGAUGAAUAAUAAAGAUCCAGAAUACCGAAAUGGAAAGCUUGUUAUAUCAUCACAGAGUCUGUCCCAUGGAUUCAGUAUAUUCCAGGAAGGGAAAACUGAUGGGAAAGACACUCUGAAACUGGAAAAAAAUGCUGAAUCUUCAAAGGAUGCUGAAGGAGAAGACGGUGUUAAUGCAAAGACUGAAUCAAAGUCUGAAACUGCAGGACCUGAAAACAAGAAUGAGGUGGAGAAAUCUGUUUCUGCAGGGAAGAAAGAUGGUGAGAAUGCACCUCCACCAAAAGCACCUGAAGUUCCUCCUGAUAAUGAGUUUGAGAAGCGAAUAAGGCCAGAGGUAAUCCCUGCAAAUGAGAUUGGAGUGACAUUUGCAGAUAUUGGUGCAUUGAAUGAGACUAAAGAAUCACUUCAGGAGUUGGUCAUGCUUCCUCUUCGAAGACCAGACCUUUUUAAAGGUGGACUUCUUAAGCCUUGUAGAGGUAUAUUGCUUUUUGGACCUCCUGGCACUGGAAAAACAAUGCUCGCGAAGGCUAUUGCAAAUGAAGCAGGAGCAAGUUUCAUCAAUGUCUCAAUGUCCACUAUCACUUCAAAAUGGUUUGGAGAAGAUGAAAAGAAUGUCCGAGCUCUCUUCACACUUGCAGCAAAGGUCUCUCCAACUAUUAUUUUUGUGGAUGAAGUAGACAGCAUGCUUGGUCAGCGGACUAGAGCUGGGGAGCAUGAGGCCAUGAGGAAAAUUAAGAAUGAGUUCAUGACACAUUGGGAUGGGCUGUUGACGAAACCUGGAGAACGUAUUCUUGUUCUUGCUGCUACCAACAGGCCAUUUGACCUUGAUGAAGCAAUUAUUAGGCGGUUUGAAAGAAGAAUCAUGGUUGGACUUCCCUCUGUUGACAGCAGGGAAAUGAUAUUGAGAACUCUUCUUGCAAAAGAAAAAGUUGAAAAUAUCGACUACAAGGAGCUCGCAACCAUGACAGAAGGAUACACUGGAAGUGAUCUUAAGAAUUUGUGCAUAACAGCAGCUUAUAGGCCUGUUAGAGAGUUGUUACAGCAGGAGAGUUUGAAAGAUAAGGAAAAGAAGAAGAAAGAAGCAGAGAGCAAGAGCUCAGAAGAUAGUUCAGAAACAGCAAAAGAAGAAAACAAGGAAGAGCAAGUAAUUACCCUAAGGCCUUUAAACAUGGAAGAUAUGAAGCAGGCAAAGAAUCAGGUUGCUGCAAGUUUCGCUUCAGAGGGAUCGAUAAUGAAUGAGCUGAAACAGUGGAAUGACUUAUAUGGGGAAGGAGGUUCAAGGAAGAAGCAACAAUUAACUUACUUCCUGUAGAUCAUACAAAAGCAGGCAUCAUAUGCACUCAACAGUAUUGCUUUGUGUGGAAGGCUGUGAAAGUUUGAGGGAAAGCUAGGAAAGUCCAUCUGCAAGACAACAUUUUAUGGUAUGCAGCGAUAUGGCAUCGAAAUGAAAAGCCCGAGACCAACCCUCAAAACAUAAAAAAGUUACCCCAGUUAAGCUUAGAGGUGUGAAAAUUAUCUCGUGGAAACGGCCUGUCUUGAGUGGUGGUCAUCUUUUGCUUACAUGAGGCUUAAGAGAUUGUUGUUGAUACUGUUUAAAGCAACUUCCAAAAAAAUAAAACCAAUGGCCACCAAUGUUUUAGAAUAUUAGUCAUGUUAUGUGAAAGUGUGGUGUUACAGUUUUUGGAGAUGAGGAGGAAUUUAGAAAGAAAACUUGUUUGAUAUAUAUAGACAGAGCCUAUGAAAGACGCUCUUCGUACAGCAGUAGUAUUUGUAAAGUUAUUCUGUGUAAUAUUGAUAGUACAUUAAUGCUU